GUCUGCUGUUCAUUCGGAGUCGAACUCUUGAGCAGAUAAGAACAAAACGCCGGAAAAAAGAAAUAGUGAAGACUAAGAAAAUUAGAAAAUCACCAGCAAAACAAAACGAACUGGUUAAAAGUGACUUAUAUACUAUCUAACUUUAUUGCGAAUAUACAUAUAUAUAUAUAUACAACUACAAGAACAAAAAGUACAUUGUGAAGUAAAGAUAUAAAGUGUGGAAGUGCAACCGAUUUUGUACACGGCUUCGUCGAAAUAAGAAUUUAAAACAGAAUAAACGAAGUGCAUUGAAAUUCGUCACUGGAAAAGUGAAGCGAAACGAAGCCAUUGGAAGGUUCUAGAAGAAAACUCACAAACGCAAAUAUAACUAUUAACUUCGCUUUAGUGGAGUGCCUUUGCAGUUUGCAUUUAGUCAAUAAUUUUCUCUAACUUAUCCAUUCAAAUCGCGAUUUGUACAAAUUAAAUACACAUUCGAAAUGGCUUUUAUGAUGCCUGUCAUGAAGAAUAACUACGAUAUCUAUAAGGAUAGUCGUUCACGAAAAACAUCGGAGUGCUCCACAACCAGCUCAAAUGGUGGCGCACCCACACUGUCUUCCGCCAUGGGUGUGCCGGCCAAUGGACGUGUGCGCAAAGUGUCCGAAUGCAAGUCCGAGAGCUUCGCCACUUCACCUUCACACACCUAUCGCAUGCAGAUGCAGCGUUGUCAGUCAUCGCGCGCCUUUCCCCGUAACGCAUCGCGUACCUCGCACUCGUCUGCCGCUGGUGCUCUCUCGCCAACACGUUCCUUUAGCCAGGCCUCAAGUCCGCCCAAGACAAUAAAUACGACGGAAAGCCAGAACGAUAUCACGAAAUUUCAUUUGCGUUUGGUCGAUAAGCUGCGCAAGUCCUUUCGCAAGGACAGCGCCAAGCGUUCAUGAGAACGGGAAAGCGCUCUACACAACAGCAACAGUAGCGGCAGCUAUCAUAAUGAAGAUGGCAGCACAACAAAAGCAGAAAACAAUAAUUUUAAACACAAUAGGGAAGCGCAACAGCGUUCGUCGGCCGACAGUCCGGAAGGUAGAGCAAGCAGACGACAGUCGGCCGCACGCGAUGUUAGCUGCGCGUCGGCGGAUACCGCCACAACCCACAAGGAAAGCGAUAUCGUUGCAGCAGAUGUCGCUGAAGGUGCAGAGGAUUGGCCCAAGUUCGAAGACAGCAAUGUCAAUGCAGCGCCCAGUUUACUGGCUACACACUUGGGGCGGCGCAUCACGGCGCCGUUAACGCGUGCAAAUCUUAAGCGUUGCCAUAAGAAAUUCGCUAAAAUGCAACUCUCCGCCGCUGAGCAGCAUUCGAUAGUUGCUCAAGUAGACGCCACGUCGACAAUUGAGCUAUACUCUAGCUCAGAUGGAUCAAGCUUGUUUGGCGGCGGCGACAGACGUCAGUUGCUAACGGGCACGAAGCUACAGCAUA